AUGUACGACUAUGCGCUGGUCCACCUCAUUUACACCAUCCCAUUAGCCAUAGUUCUGACGAUAAUUCUGGGUCCCUUGUUCACUCGGCGAGAUGUUUACAAGAUCCUCUUCCUGCAGGUCGUUGCAGUUUCAUACACCAUUCCAUGGGAUUCGUAUCUUAUUAGAACCAAGGUUUGGACAUACCCGGCAGAUGUCAUAAUAGGUCCAAAGCUUCUGGAUAUCCCUGCAGAAGAGCUCUUUUUCUUUGUGAUUCAAACCUACAUUACGACAUGUCUACAAAUCCUGCUCAGCAAGUCCAUCGUCACGGCAACAUACCUCCGCAACGAGGCAGAUUCCCGUGAUACAUCCGGUGCUGCCCUCCUGCCAUGGAAAAGGGCAGGUCAGAUCAUUCUCACUCUAGCCUCUGUGGUGCCAAUUUUGUUGCGGGGUGGCAAUCCCGAAGGCACUUAUAUGAGAUUGAUCCUUGCCUGGGCGGCACCUGUGAUGUUGAUGCUCUGGACCUUCUCCUAUCAAUUACUUCUCCUUUUGCCGUGGACGAAGACGUGGCUGAUCAUUGCCCUGCCGACUCUUUAUCUUUGGAUUGUCGACACCUUGGCUCUCCGUCGAGGGACAUGGUCCAUUGAGCUGGGAACAAAACUGGGAAUCCAUGUCUGGCCUCACCUUGAGAUCGAGGAAGCUGUCUUUUUCCUCAUCACAAACACUCUAGUCGUCUGGGGUUCUGUCGCCUGCGACAAUGCCUUUGCAAUCUUGGAUGCUUUUCCACAGCACUUUCCAGUGGUCCCCGGCAUCCCCUCGCCUCUGCUAUUGAUCAAAGCAUUACUCUUGCCAACAUCCAAGUACGACAGCGGCCGCCUGGAUGGUCUGCAGACCGCUUUGACGGUGCUUGCACGAAAAAGUCGUUCAUUCUAUCUCGCGUCUGGAGUCUUCUUCGGCCGCCUUAGAAUUGACCUCAUCUUGCUGUAUGCCUUCUGUAGAGUGGCAGACGAUCUAAUUGACGACGCGCCUUCUGCAGAAGAGGCAGACAUGUGGGUCACUCAUUUCACCCACUUCCUCGACACCAUCUAUUCUCCAAAGUGCGACAAGGCACGGUUGGAAAAAGCGUUGGCGCCUUUCUCGCCAAAAGCGCAAUCCAUCCUUGUGCUCUUACCCUCGGACAAGCUACCCUCCGAACCCCUGUAUUUACUCUUGGAAGGAUUUCGAAUAGACCAGGAGUUUUUCGCCAAAAAUGCAAAGGAGAAUCCUCCCAUCAAGACCUUUAGCGAUCUCGAGCGAUAUGCCACGUGUGUGGCAGCGACAAUUGGCGAAUUAUGUCUCAGUCUGGUCUACGAACACGAUCCUGACAAACGAGCCAACUCCGAUACAAUACAGAAAUGUGUUGCGGCCGGCACAAAAAUGGGACGAGCGCUGCAAUACGUGAAUAUUGUGCGAGAUGUGCAAACUGACGCCGAAGUCGGGAGAUGUUACAUUCCCGAUGAAUGGUUUACCAAGUCCUCUACCUCAUCACUUACUGCACAAAAGCAAGAAGUCCUACACUUCCGAGAAGAGAUCCUGAACACAGCUUUUGACAUUUAUGCUGAAAACCGAGACGCCAUCGAACAGCUGCCUCCGUAUGCUCGGAGUGGCAUUCGUGUUGCAGUCGAGAGCUAUAUGGAAAUAGGACGGGUAUUGCGGCACCGCAUGAAUCAUGGACAACCACUGGACUUUGCCGGUGGUGGGAAAAAGGGACGAGCGAGUGUGCCCAAAUCCCGAAGAGUCUGGGUGGGAUGGAGGACCAUGGCCGGAUGGAGGGGCCCAGUGUGA